GUCUGGGCGACGGCAAUUCCAAGUCCCAUACACCUGCAGCCAGCGCGGCAUCUUCAGAGUACCAUCCCAAAGAAAACAAUCUCCUUAUCCCUUUGCCACCAACGGGAGAGAGUAGACUCAUGGAGUUCCCCACAGCCAAGGUUGCGAACCGUAUGUGGUUUCUCUGCACCCUUUCUAGCUUCCUUGGCUUCAUCUUACUCUACUCUACCUUCAGCCGAGGCCAUUGGCCCGGCUUAGCCUUUGCAUCCCUUGGCAGUUUAGAGGCCACCAUUGGCAUGGAAUCGCCCAUGGACUCAAGCGCUCCAGUCCCUUCUCAAUCCAAGAUGGAGGCACGAGCUCGCAAGUCAUAUAACUUGGAUUUACCUUCUCCAAGUAGUUCUCCAAUUCCUACUUCAGCUGACAAAAGGUCGCCAGCUGAAUCCAACACAGAGUCAUCUCCUCAGUCUUUAUGGGCGGAGAUGGUACAAUCCUCACAAUCCACCACAGCCUUUUCUCCACAGCCUAGCGUAGUUGAGGAAACUUCACCAACAUCCAAUGAUAAGCUCUUGUCUUCACAAGUUAGUGCAGCACAUGUGGUGUCCACGGAGUCUAGAAUCGAGUUAGCCCCCCAGACUAGUGCACAAGAUUUAGCCACCUCAGAGGCAAAUUUAGAGACGUCUUCACGAUCCACAGAGAGGACUUCUUCGUCAUGGGAUGGGAAGUUGAUAGAAGGGAAAUGCAACAUCUUUGAUGGGAGGUGGGUUUAUGAUCCAAAAGCCUACCCACUCUACCAGGACAACCGGUGUCCAUUCCUUGGUGGCCAAGUGGGUUGCCAGAAGAAUGGAAGGCCGGACUCGGCUUACGAGCAUUGGAGGUGGGAGCCCAAUGGAUGUGAGAUUCCAAGGUUUAAUGGGACCUACGUGCUCGAGAGGCUGAGAGGGAAGCGAGUGGCAAUCAUUGGAGACUCUCUCAAUAGGAAUCAGUGGGAGUCGCUGGCUUGUCUGCUCUACUCUUCGGUGCGACCCUCACGUGCCUUCAUCAAAGCACGCAGCUCCGGCUUCAAGGUCUUCCGAGCCGUGGACUAUCAUUGCUCGGUGGAGUUUUACUGGAGCCCGUUCCUUGUCGAGCUGAAGGAAAGGGAAGACCGAUCCAAGGUGCUGAGGCUCGACAAACUCCCAGGAUCAGCCAAGCUGUGGCAGGGGGCGGAUGUCAUGGUUUUCAACACCGGCCACUGGUGGACUCACCAUGGCAACAUGCAGACAUGGAACUAUUACGAGCAGAGAGGAGCGUUGGUGGAGGACAUAGAUAGCGAUAAAGCAUUUGAGAUGGGGCUGAGGACUUGGGCUCGUUGGGUCGACCGACAUGUGGAUCCUACCAAGACCACUGUGUUCUUCCGCAGCAUCUCUCCAGAGCACAAAACGGAGAACCUGCAUUGGUGCUACAACCAGACCCAUCCUAUCACCAACGAAACUUACGUGCAGUGGUUUCCAAGGUCCAUGAUAGCUACGGUGGAGAAAACUCUCACAGAGAUGACGACACCGGUUAGGUAUUUGAACAUUACACGGCUAUCAGAGUAUAGGAGAGAUGCUCACACGGCGGUGUACACCACGAGGAGAGGGAAGCUACUCACUCCGGAACAGCGAAAGCGGCCUCGAACUUAUGCUGACUGCAGCCACUGGUGCCUUCCAGGACUCCCUGAUACUUGGAAUGUUCUUCUUUUGGCCUCGAUCAUUGGAAAUCCCUCUACUGUUUUGUAGAUUGUCCGAUCGAAGCUCCAACUUUCUUUUCUUUCUUUUUCUGUGAAAGAUGUAGUGUGGGCUGGCUAGGCGUUCGAGUAAAGUUUAAAAAAGAAAACUUACAUAUUAUGGACCAACCAAACAAAUUUAUGUGAAAAAUCCUACAAGCCAAAAAUAUAAAUGAAA